AUGAUUCGUUUCAAUUUAUCACUCGUAAUUGGUGCAAUUUUAAUAUUUGACUCCAGUAGAGCAUUGCUGUCACAUUUCACGCCGUCACAACUGAUCAAAGAUUUCAUACGCCGAAGCAAAAGCGGUAAUCCGGAUGCUCCGUACGAGCUGUCUCAUCAACUGAUUGACGCGGUAGAGAGCUGUCCACCUGGCUUCGACAAAGCUUCUUGCGAGAAAAGAGCAAAUCUGUUUCGCGAGAAACUUAAGAGUAAACUCGAUCGAGAAACAUUGAAUAAUAAGGCUCGUGCAGUACUUCUUCAAAACGGAAUCUCACCUGAUUAUGACAUUAAUAAGUAUCCAACAGUGAAUUUGGUAUCGCUUCUUCGCACAACACCUCGAAUAGGUGAGAUGGCGUUCCCGAAGAAUAAAUUUGAACUGAAGACAAAAGAUGUGGCCAGUGUGCUCAAAUUCAAAAAGUUAGAAACCUUAUGA